AUGAAUGCGUUGUUUUGGACUGCAUUGUGUGUUGGUGGCGCAAUUUUAUUCGGUAUUGCAGCCACAGUCGUGGUGUCUCUAAUCCCAGUUUAUACAGAAAAGAAUACCGAUGCGUUAGCGAAUGUGAAAGGAAAGGCAUUCAGCAUGAAUUAUAGUCUUAAUUCAGCAAGUCUUGCAAGCGGUGAUCUCUCCGCAACACAACGUGAUGUUCUCAGUGCACAGUUAUCGAGCCUCAUAGAAGAAAAAGUAUCAGUUGAACUAACCUCGGCAACGGUUAAGAGUGCAGCAUCGAAACGAAGAUCGCUGUUUCGUCGUCAAGCUGCUCAAUCUGUAGUACUCGAAAUUCGUGGCGCUAUCAAAGGACAAAAAGGAUGUGCGACACGAUGCACACUCAACGCUGUGAAAAAGUUUCAGUCGCUUCUUUGCACUACUGAACUUCUCAUAAUUCAAUAA